AAUGAAGAAGAACCAAAAGAGCAGAAACAGCUAGUGGACUUUUCCAAUCAUGGCGUAAGUAGUGGUCCAGCUGAAGGCGCCAGAAAAGGGUGAUGAAGAGUCAAAUCAAGAGGCUUUCAAUGGCUAUAAAACGUAACUCGAAAUGCAAAGAUCAUCAGAGUGGAACACCAUCAAAAGAAGCUCCCUCACCACUGUUUUAAUUUGUGCACAAUAUCAUCUUUGAGAUACUAUUAAUUGCUCAUAACUAAUGGCUCGGUAUGGUCCAACACUAGUAGUGCCUAUAGACUUGAAGAAGAAGCCUUGGGAGCAGAAACACCCUCUUCACAACCGGUGGCACCCAGAUAUACCCCCAGUUGCAGAGGUUAAAGCUGAUCAACUUUUUAGAGUUGAGAUGAUAGAUUUCAGUGGAGGAGCUAUCACCAACAAUCACACUGCUCAUGAUGUCAAGCAUGUUGAUCCCUUAACUGUCCAUUAUCUUAGUGGGCCGAUCAGAAUUCUGGAUAAUGAUGGGAUCCCUGCCAAGCCUGGAGAUCUGCUUGCAGUUGAAAUAUGCAACUUGGGUCCUCUACCCGGAGAUGAAUGGGGUUUUACAGCAACAUUUGACAGAGAAAAUGGAGGUGGUUUUUUAACAGACCAUUUUCCUUGUGCCACAAAAGCUAUAUGGUACUUUGAGGGAAUAUAUGCUCAUUCGCCUCAGAUACCAGGAGUACGGUUUCCAGGCUUAACACACCCCGGGAUAAUUGGAACUGCACCAUCAAUGGAACUCUUGAACAUAUGGAAUGAAAGGGAGACAGAUGUGGAAGAAAAUGGUAUUAAGUCUUUCAAACUAUGUGAGGUUUUGCAUUCACGACCCUUGGCAAACUUACCAUCAACAAAAAGUUGUCUCCUUGGAAAGAUUCAAAAGGGCACUACUGAAUGGGAGAAGAUUGCAAAGGAAGCUGCAAGAACAAUACCAGGACGAGAAAACGGUGGAAAUUGUGACAUAAAAAACCUCAGCAGAGGAGCAAAGGUAUACCUCCCAGUUUUUGUAGAAGGAGCAAAUCUCAGCACUGGCGACAUGCACUUCUCACAGGGUGAUGGAGAGGUCUCAUUCUGUGGUGCAAUAGAGAUGAGUGGUUUCCUAGAACUCAAGUGUGAAAUUAUAAGGGGUGGAAUGAAAGAGUAUCUUACACCAAUGGGGCCCACUCCCCUGCAUGUGAACCCAAUAUUUGAGAUAGGCCCUGUUGAACCAAGAUUCUCAGAGUGGCUAGUAUUUGAAGGCAUCAGUGUGGAUGAAAGUGGGAGGCAACACUACCUAGAUGCAAGUGUUGCAUACAAGCGAGCAGUACUCAAUGCCAUUGACUACAUAUCCAAGUUUGGAUACUCCAAAGAACAGGUGUACCUCCUUCUGUCUUGCAUCCCUUGCGAAGGACGAAUAUCUGGAAUAGUCGAUGCCCCCAAUGCUGUGGCAACCCUUGCCAUUCCAACAGCUAUAUUUGACCAGGAUAUUCGUCCUAAAAAUAACAAGGUACCAGUUGGACCCCGACUCGUAAAGAAACCAGAUGUCUUCAAAUGCACUUAUGAUGGGAACUUGCCCAUUACAAGGAAUCCUAGUGCCACACCAUGAUUCAUAUUAGCUACAAAUCACAUAAUACUGUGACGUAUCCCAGGAAAAUAAAGUUAAUAUGGACAUUUGUAUCGUAUGCUACGUACUGUUCGCUGGACAGUGGAAAGCAUGUUAGUAAUCUAAAUUAUAAUAAAACAUUAAAAUCUGUUCAAUACCAACAAAUUGACUUACAAUAUGUUGUUA